UUUGGAAUUCAUAUUUUGACUAGAAGGUCAAUCUGUUUUUGCUAUUGUCAUCAUGAUCUUAGUUACUUAUAUGCAUUUCUCUCUUCUUCAUAAUGAUGUACUUUACUAGUUUUAGUAGAAGAUAAAUACAUAUGUAUGCCUAAACUAAUUUUUUUUUUAACCAUCAAUAAUCAAUCCUACAUCAUUGGUUUUACUUCCAAAAAGAAAAAAAAAAAUAUGUUUGACAACUUUCUCUCUUCUUUUUUUCUCUCGUCAAGAGAAAAGGAUAAGAUCGAACUUAUUACAUAUUUAUCUUAUGGUAGUCAUUUUUCGAAUGACCCACAACUUUAACUUUUGAUGAUGCUAAAUUUAAAAUGUACAGAGUACAUUGAAAAGUUUAAAUAAACAAAUCCGUAGCCAAAAAAAAUAAAAAAAGAAAAAAGCAUGAAUGUGUAAUGAAUUGUCAUUGAAAUAGUACGUGCUUCCCAUAAUGUCAUUUGCCGUACUUUUUUAAUCUUUAAAUUAAGGGAUCUAAUUAACAACUAACGAUUAGAAGGCUUAACUUUAAUUUAUUCAAUUUUUUUUUCUUGUUUGUUUAUGAGGGGAUAAAUAUGCUUCCAUGUUUCAAUAAUUAAUUUGACGUAUUAUUAUUAUUUCAUCCACCAAAUUUCAACGAGAAUUGAAGAAAGAACAAGGAAAUCGCAAAAAUGGAAGCCAAGCUUCUAUUAUUCAGCACAAUGUUGAUCUUUGCCUGUGUCUCCUUUCCAGUCUAUUCAUGGGAUGAUGAUGAAUGCACCUACGUAAUCUACGUGCAAACCGGCAAUGCACAAACCGCAACAACGUAUGCUAAAGUGAACCUUGAAUUACGUGACAAAUAUUUCAAUCGCUUAAACAUCACAAACCUUCAAUCUUGGGGGAUUAUGAGCAAAUAUCAUUACUACUUUAGAAGUGGAAAUUUGGAUACAUUUGCUGUGAAAGGCAAUUGCUUAAGAGGCCCCCUUUGUAGCAUGACAUUAAGUCAUGAUAACACCGGCGUAUCUCCCGGUUGGUACGUGGACUAUGUUGAAGUUACCUCUAUUGCACCAAGUCGGGGUUGUCGGAAGAUUAAUUUCCCGGUUAAUGCGUGGUUGGCCGUCGAUGAGCCACCAUUUGGUACCGCUAGUCGGGGUGUGUAUUUGUGUGAUGAGAUUAUUAGGGAUGAUGGUAUAUGCUCCUAGCUAGAAGAUUUGAUUCGGCCUCUAACUCGGUUAUGCUACAAUUAAUUUAACUGUAGUGCAUAAUUGCUUAGUUAUUGAUUGAGUUUUGCACUUUGGCUUUUAUUGGAAUGUGAGUUGAAAAUAAGAAAUGUGUUGUAUGUAUUGGGAUAUCAAUCAAUCAAUCAAUAUAUAUAUUAAAACUCAAUGUUAAAGAUUGUAAUCCUACCAUGUGUCACCAAUCUCGCCACAUGUCAUUAUGGUUUGACAAAUCAUGUGGCACA